GCCGUGUGCUCCUCAGAAGGACUUUUGGCUGCGCGGCCGGGGCUUGGAUGUGGGCGCCGAGGGACGGGGUCUGUGCACCGCAGCGGGCACCGGCCGGGGCGGGGGCGCUUCGCCUGCGCUGCGGGCUGCUGCCUGCAGCACCGCGGCUCAGCGAGUUGUACACCAUUUCAGCCGAGAUGUCUGAUCAUUCCAUCUGCAUACCUGGAGAUGCUUUAUUCCCUGAAUGGUCUUUUCAGUAACCACUAAAGACUUGUUGGGACUGAACACUGGAACAGAUGAGUUAAAUCCUUCUGGAAUGCUCUUCAUCAAACGUGGAUAUACUGGACUUUCUGGAUGUGCCUAAGGACACAAAGACUGAAGAAGUCCUGAAGAUUGAUGGAGGGCCAUGCUAUUCAAACAGCAGGCGUUGCUGAGACAGAAGCUCUUUGUGCUAGGCAGCCUUGCUAUUGGAAGUCUCCUAUAUCUAGUUGCCAGAGUUGGGAGUUUGGAUAGACUGCAGCCCCUCUGCCCCAUCGAUGGUCGUUUUGGACCCCGUGGCCAGGACGAAAUCCCGCUGCGAGCCCUGCAGUUCAAGCGAGGUCUGCUCCAUGAAUUUCGAAAGGGCAAUGCCACCAAGGAACAAAUUCGACUGCACAAUCUGGUUCAGCAGCUUCCCAAGGCCAUUAUCAUUGGGGUGCGGAAAGGAGGCACCCGAGCACUACUGGAGAUGCUGAACCUUCACCCUGCAGUGGUCAAAGCUUCUCAAGAGAUUCACUUCUUUGACAAUGAUGAAAACUAUGCCAAGGGGAUUGAGUGGUACCGGAAAAAAAUGCCUUUUUCUUACCCUCAUCAAAUAACAAUUGAGAAAAGCCCUGCGUAUUUUAUCACUGAGGAAGUUCCUGAAAGGAUUUACAAAAUGAACUCAUCUAUCAAAUUAUUGAUCAUUGUCAGGGAACCUACCACAAGAGCUAUUUCUGAUUACACUCAGGUGCUGGAAGGCAAGGAAAGAAAGAACAAAACUUACUACAAAUUUGAGAAGCUGGCUAUUGAUCCUAAUACCUGCGAAGUGAACACUAAGUAUAAGGCAGUGAGAACCAGCAUCUACACAAAACACCUGGAGAGGUGGUUAAAAUAUUUCCCAAUCGAGCAGUUUCACAUCGUGGACGGAGACCGGCUCAUCACAGAACCACUGCCAGAACUCCAGCUGGUUGAGAAGUUUCUAAAUCUUCCUCCGAGGAUAAGUCAGUACAAUUUAUACUUCAAUGCCACCAGAGGGUUUUACUGCUUGCGAUUUAACAUUGUCUUUAACAAGUGCCUGGCGGGUAGCAAGGGACGCAUCCAUCCAGAGGUGGAUACCUCUGUCAUUACCAAAUUGCGCAAGUUCUUCCAUCCUUUUAAUCAAAAAUUUUACCAGAUCACGGGGAGGACAUUUAACUGGCCCUAAACUAAACUUCAUACAACACUUUCUGUUGCACCUGAGGCAUGCAAUAGGAUGUCUCUGCUGAAAUAUGCACUUUUCAUAGAUACGGCUA